AUCCCGAGGCUCUCCGGGGCAAGGCCCGGUCCCUGCCGCGGACUGAAGGAAUCCGGGCCCGGAGGCCUCCGCGGCGAUCCGUUUGUCCCCGCGCCCGCUGCCCAGUGUGGUUUCCCAGAGGGAAGCUCUAUUUCCUGCUUGGUUUCUACCUUUGACUUAUCCUUCUAGGAGUGUCCUGUAACACAUUCAAACUACAAGUCCAGACCCCGAGAGAGCAAGGCUCAGAAAGAGGUCAAGAUGGGGUUUAUAUUUUCAAAGUCUAUGAAGGAAAACGCGCAAAAUCAACAAGAGUUCAUGCUUAUGAAUGCUCGACUUCAGCUGGAAAGGCAGCUAACGAUGCAGAAUGAAAUGAGGGAAAGACAAAUGGCCAUGCAGAUUGCUUGGUCUCGGGAAUUCAUGAAAUAUUUUGGAACAUUUUUUGGCAUUACAGCCAUCUCUUUAACAGCUGGAGCGAUAAAAAGUAAAAAGCCAGGCUUCCUGUUCCCUAUUGUUCCAUUAAGCUUUGUUCUCGCCUACCAGUAUGACUUGGGGUAUGGAACCCUUCUACAAAGAAUGAAAGGUGAAGCUGAGGACAUACUAGAAACAGAAAAGAGUAAGUUGCAGCUGCCAAAAGGAAUGAUCACUUUUGAAAGCCUUGAAAAAGCCAGAAGAGAACAGAGCAAAUUCUUCAUAGAAAAAUGAAAUCAUGUUUACCCACCAGAUCUCUAAGCACAAAAUUAUUGGCUUGAAUCAUGGUUUUUACAAUUUUUUAAUUGCUCAAAAUUUUGAUAUAAUGGAUUUUAUUUUAAAAUAUUAAAAUGCAAGAUGAGUUUUGUUGAGAUCCUUUAAAAUACAAUUUAUAACAUGUAACACAAAAUCAUGGAGGUACUCGAAAUAACUUUCACAUUUCCUAUGUAUGCGUGCAUUAUAAAUAUCUGAGGGUAAAAAUUAAUAAAUUCUAUUGUUUUGAAUUCCUGGAAGCAAA